CGCGGUUGGGCCAGUCCCUCUGAGGUAAAUCGCGCGGCGUGGAGGCGCCUUGCUCAGUGUGCUCCGUCCGUCGAGCGAGAUGCGGGCGGCGGCGGCGGCAUUGGCGUUGUUGUGGGCGCUGUGUCUGCUGAGCCCUUCGGCCACGGCGCAGUCGGUGUGGACGGCGUGGCUGAACGUGUCUUGGCGGCUGCCCGGAGGCAACGACUCGGCGUGGAGCGCGGGGGAGCACGGCCUCUUCGGGCAGGACUCUCCGCUGAGGAGGGUCUCGGGGCUGGUGGUCGCCCCUGACGGAGGAGGAGCAGGAGGAGGCGGCCUCAGUGCCUGCAGCGCCCGCACCAACUUCAGCGGCGCCCCUUCGGCGGCGGGCUCCCCGUGGCUGGCCCUCAUCCAGCGCGGAGGAGGGUGCACCUUCAGCGAGAAGAUCAACGCCGCCGCCAGGAACGGAGCCUCCGCCGCCGUCAUCUUCAACCACGCCGGCGGCACCGGGACAGACGUCCAGACCAUGACGCACCCGGGUACAGGAAACACUGUAGCCAUUAUGAUUAGUUAUGCGAAAGGCAAAGAAAUACUCCAUAAGAUGGAAGUUGGUUUUCAAGUAACUAUGAUCAUUGAAGUGGGGAAAAAACAUGGACCAUGGAUGAAUAACUAUUCCAUCUUCUUCGUUUCUGUGUCCUUCUUCAUUGUCACAGCAGCUACUGUUGGGUACUUCAUAUUUUACUCUGCUCGAAGGCUUAGGAUUGCAAGAGCUCAAAAUAGGAGACAGAGACGUCUGAAAGCAGAUGCCAAAAAAGCUAUCGGUCAACUGCAACUGCGCACAUUGAAACAAGGAGACAAGGAAACUGGUCCUGAUGCAGAUAGCUGUGCUGUGUGUAUUGAAGUGUACAAGCCAAAUGAUGUUGUGCGAAUUUUAACCUGCAAUCAUCUCUUCCACAAGAACUGUAUUGACCCUUGGCUGCUUGAACACAGAACAUGUCCCAUGUGUAAAUGUGACAUACUCAAGGCUCUAGGAAUUGAGGUGGAUAUUGAAGACAGAGCAGAGUCCUUGCAAGCCACAGUGCCCACUGAAGCCUCUAACAUCCCUUCACCCACUGAAGAGGAUAAUCACAGUGAGACAGCAUCAUCUGGCUAUGCUUCUGUUCAGGGAACUGAUGAGCCUGCUCCAGAGGAACCUGCCCCUUCAGCAAAUGACAACCUCCACCUUGUGAACAACACACUGCAGUCUCCAGCUGUAGAUGUGCUUCCACAUCUUGACAAUCCAGCUUUUGAAGCAGAUGAAGUACAAGUCCUGGAAGCAAAGUCUUAAAAUGACUGCCAUGAAAAAACUGCUAUCUACUUGACAAACCAGCAUCAACCAAUGACAGAUCUGAUCAGACUGAUGUAGCAGCAAUCUUGCCUUGAUAAUGUGAUAAAAUACACAAUUUAAGGUUGCGUUUCUAUGGUUUGACUUGCCCACUAACUUAUUUCCUUGUGGAAUUAAUUAUGGCGCUCUUCGUCUAUCUUUCAGUUAUGACCAAGGAAGACAGAAUCUUAAAACCGAGUCAUCUGAGCACAAACACUUUCUCAUGCGUUAGAACUUAACUUAUUCAGCCUACAAAAAUUGUACUGGAUGUUUUUAAAGGUCUUCUAGUUUUAAAUUAACUGUCUUAAUUGACUUGGGGUUUUUUGAGCUUUGGGUUUCAUGUACUCACUAAAGUAUAUUGCUUUUCAGGAUCAGCCUGGUUUAUUGUGUGUUUAUAUAACUACAGAGCAGCCUUAUACUCACACCUUAAGCUCUGGGGUUAGCCUCUUGCUGCGUUGGGCUACUAGACCAAACAAAACAAGCCACUUCUCAAACAUACCCAUAAAAUAAUUUGGGAAUUCUCUGCACCUAGUUCACUAGAUAGAAAGAAGUUAAAACUUGUUAAACAAAGGGCACAUUCCGUUAUUUGAACAAAUGGUUUAUUAACCAUUUUGAAUGUGCACAUUUUACUGGGACAGGAGGAAUAUGGUUAAAGGACAUACACUUUGCCCAUGUUUAGUGUGAACUGCUUUAAGUUUUAACGGAUGCACACUGCCACAUAGUCCUGAAAUGUGCCCAGUUUUUUAAAUGCUGCUCUCAGCUUUGUUAGAUGCUGAAGAUCUGUCACUCAGAGGGAAUUUUUGUUGCUGCUACUCUGAAGGAAUUGUUAAAUAAAGAUAAGGUUAAAAAGUUCUGUUGCUAUUCAGAGUUGUGGGAGAACAUGAGUAAAGUGGCAGUUGAUGAAUGGAAGAAUGUCUUCUGAAAUUAUUUUUCUAAUGUGUGAGACAUGAAUUUGAAUUUGAACAUAAAGAGGGGGACUCAGGGUGCCUUAGCAUGGAGCCUGGAACCUCAUCCACUCAAGUGAACUACUGUAUCUAAUAAUGCACUUUAUUUUAUUUUGUAUUCUCCAUGGCUGUUUCCAGUGGCAAGGCUAGAAUAAAUUUGGACUGAAGAAUGGCAAUAAUGUCUUUUUAACUCUGCGGUUGAUUCUGACAGGAGACAACGGUACAUCUUUCCCCUCGUUUUUGGAUAGUGUUUGAUAAAGUUGUAAAUAAUUUUGAUUUCUAUUAAAUUCUGUUGACUGCGAAAUGUAAAUAAAGCUCUUCUAAUGUCUGUUAAGGAUGUUUACUUUUUUAUAUAUAUAUAAUAAAAGCGGUUGUGUAUAAACUGGA